AUGGUGAGAAAUGGCUCUUCUUUGGAAAGCAAAACCUCAGUGAAAAACAAACCCAGUUUUGCUGAGGACUUUGAGAACUGUGGAGUUGGAACUGAAACUUUGCCUUUACUGUUGUGGAAUGACCAGCCAAACGAGGAAGAAGAUGAUCUCAGGCGACAAAAGAGGAUAACAUCUGACACCAACCGCGAAUGUGGAGAAAUAAAUGAUCAUCUGGUGGGGUGGCCACCUAUUAAGUCAUGGAGGAGAAAAUUACUUCAUGAACAUCAAGGCGGUCGGAUCGCAAACCAUCGGACAGCAGAGAGGGGAAAUGGCGGAACAAAAUCCAUGUAUGUUAAAGUGAAGAUGGAGGGGGUGGGCAUAGGAAGGAAGAUUGAUCCAAGGCAGUAUCAUUCUUAUCAGACACUUUCAAACUCCUUAAUCAACAUGUUUGUGAAAAACCCCAAAUGUGAAGAAGAUGGUGCACAUUAUACCCUCUUGUAUCAAGACAGAGAAGGAGACUGGUUGCUUGCUGGAGAUAUUCCAUGGCAAAAUUUUAUCGAGGUCGUGCAACGUAUGAAGAUACUAAGAAAUGCUGGUUAA